AUGAAUAAAAAUGAAAAGCUUACAAAACUUUUAAUUAAUUUUAAUGAGAAAAAUGCAAAAGAAAUGUCGUUACUUCGCUAUGAAUUACAACAAUUAAAAGAAGCACAAAUUGAAACAAAAAAUUUGGCAGAUUUUAAACAAUUAUUUGAAUAUUUGAAACAAAUUAAGGAACACAAAUGUGGAAGAAAUUAUCUCCACGAUUGUACAACAAAAUUAGCACUUUUAUCAUCAAACUUAACAAUAAAAAAUCGGGAUAAUGAAGCUUUAGUUCGAGAAAAUAAUGAAUUGAUUGAGACAAAUGCUAAAUUACAAAAUGAAUUGGAUGAAAUUUUAUUAAAGAUAAAAGAAAAUGAAAAAGAAGAAGAAAAUAACAUAACAACACCUUUUGAAUUAAAUAAAGAUAACGGAGGAAGAAGCAAUUUUGAAGUUGAUAAAACUUUUGAUUUAUCAGAAAAAGAGAAGGUUAAUUCUGAAAUAAAUUUGUUUUCUUCUACAAGUGAAAAUGAUAAUAAAAUUAUUAAUGAGGUACUAAUUGAAGGAGAAGAAAAAUCUGUUGGGGAAGAUUUAUGGAAUUGUGAUGAGGAUGAAAAUAAUUAUGAGGAAGAAAAUAUUGUUGACAAUGAAAAUAAACAAGAUUUAAAUGAAGAUAAUAAUAAUGAUUGGGGAUGGAAUGAUGAGGAGAAUGGAGAGGAGGGAAAUAAUAAAGAUGAUCAAGAUAAAGUUGAGAAGGUGGAAAAUAGACUUAAAAAAGAGGAAAAUGAUUUAUUAAACAAUAGAGAGGAAGAAGAUACUAAAAUUGAUAAAAAUGAAGAAGAAAGUGGUGUUGAGCAAGCAGAAUUGGAAGCAGGAGAUGAUGAUUGGGCUUGGAAUGAUGAUGAUAAUGACCAAAUAUCGUCAGAGAAGACUGAUAAUAUGUCUGUAAAGUGUGAAAAACAACACAAUUCCAAUUUGAAUCAAAAGGCCAAUAAUGAACAAAAAGAUGUUAAAUCACUUUUUGAUGAUUGGGGUGACUUUUAA